AUGAAAGCCCAAUCUUAUAUCAUCAGUACCCUCUUCUGGUUCUCCUCUCUCCAGUUGAUUUUCUGCGGUUUAGUUCGUAAUGUUGGUGCGGCAGAUUUGACCGCAAACUGUACCAACGAUUUUGAGAAGGUGGUCCCGUGCCUGAACUUUGUGACAGGGAAGGAGGCGACGCCGAUUAAGGAUUGCUGCUCUUCGGUCACGGAGAUUAGAGACAAUCACCCGGAGUGCUUGUGUUACUUUAUUCAGCAGACUUAUAAUGGUAGCGAGCAGAUCAAGAGUCUGGGUGUCCAAGAGGAUAGGCUGCUUCAGCUUCCUUCUGCAUGCAGUCUGAAAAACGCUAGCAUUAGUUAUUGCCCCAAGCUGCUCGGAAUAUCUCCUACAUCCCCAGACGCUGCAGCCUUCACAAAUGAUUCUACAGCGACUCCCAGUAGUUCUGCAUCAUCAACAGGCAUACCAUCUUCACCAGCAAACUCUAAUGAUUCCAGCCUCGGAUUUAGAGUCGUCGUUGCACCCCACUUGGCUGGGCUGCUGGCGAUGGCUCUUAUAACCAUCAUUCUCUUUGCAUUCCCAAUUAGUAGUACUCCUACUGGAUCAUCCUUUCUCUCGCUCGUUUGA